CGUCUGUUAAACGCUCGUCGCGCGCGCACAGGUAUCGUCGGCCGUCGGUACGUUACGUUGCGCGUUUUCGUUUCGCGAUUUUUACGAUAAACCUUUAAUACGAGACUUGGUUGAUAGGAGGCACCCGCAAGUCCGAGCCGGCUCUUGACGUUAUCAAAAAAAAAAGGUGGCCGCGAGAUAAUAUUAUCACGCGUCGCUCUCCUACAAUAUUGGUAAUUGGUAUCCAUCGAAAAACCCCGCGCGUCGUUCGAGUCCGUUUUUCUUUCCGGUUCGCGUACGUCGGUUUAUCGAAACAGAAAUACAUGAUAUCACUCGUCGUAUAAAGUGUGACACGCGCCGACCCGAUGUCGUUAUAAUAUUAAUUGAAAUAUCGUUAAAAAAAGUGCGUCUUUAUACGGUUGUGCGAACGAACCGCGACAAAACUCUAAUAAUUAUAUAUAAAAAACCGCCACCGAAAUGUGAUCGGCCGCGGGCCUCGUCGUUUCGUCUUUUCCACUUGCGCUGUAAUCAUAAUAUUAUUAUUAUUAUUAUCAUUAUAUUAUAUGGAUCGUUGCGAUGGCCUAUGUCGUUUGGCGAGUGUUGCGGAAAAAGUAUCUCAAAGUCAGAAGCGGAGUCACUCUGAACAGUUUGAUGACCACCGAGAGCACCGCCACCGAAACGGAUUCGCCGAGUCCCGCGGCCGUGACGACGGCGAUGACCGCGACUGGCGCUGCGGUCGGUCAUUUCUACCGUCAGUUCUCGAAGAAGAACAACAGCAAGAAGAACGGAAGCAAGAAGAACGGCGGCAACACCAGCAGCAGCAGCAAAAAAACACAUCGUUCGGACGCGUUGCCGGCCGAGGAGGCGGCCACGACGUCGCCCGCCGCCCCCGUUUCCACCACCGGUGUCCCAUCCGCGGCCACCGACGCCAUCACCGUCGCAGCCCCGGCCACCUCCGGACCGCUGCGCCACCCCGAACCCGCCUCCGAACAGCCGGCCGCGGCCCCCGCGAGUAACCCGCGACUCCGGCCGGCGCUCGCGGCCCAGGUCGUCGACGCGCCGCCGUGGCUGGUGGCCGACCACUUCGUCACCGAACACGUCGCUCACGAACACGUGUCCGUGGUGCCGGAACCAGAUCACGCGGACCCGGUGGCGCCGGACGACCACGCCGCGUCGUUGCAGCCGGGCCCCGCGACGACCGUCUGCGGCAAAUGCCCCGCGGCCGCCUCGUCGUGCGCGCACGAACUUCGACACAAGCCUUUUACUGUUCAACAACUCGUCGACGAGUUUAUCGGACCGUACUAUGUGAAUUACAGCGAAACACGUGCGGUUCUCGUGAGGCAAGCAAAACAAUUGCUGACAAACGUAUACCAAGGUGAUGUCGCCAACUUUCAUGGGUGUUUUUGUGUGCCAGUCAGCGAAAUUCUAAAAAAAGUUGAAGAGACGUUCAGAAAAUAUCAGUGUUGUGACGCUUGGUCAGGGUGGCCGCUCAGCCACGGUCGGCGUGGCGUGCUAACUCAUCUGGUGGCGCCGAUCGGUUGCUGCUCAGGCGGCGCACCGCCGUCUGACGCGUACCUGUCGCUGGACGUGGCCAGUGCCGGACUGACGGUGAACUGGGUGGGCGCGGGCGCCCGGCUCCGGAGCCGACUGUCCACCGAUACCGCGGCCAUGCUGGCCGGUGACCUGCAACAGCUGAGCGCCACGCUCAAACACCUGGUGGCCGUGGUCGACAGGUCGGUUCACAGGGUACCGCUCGACCGGAUACCGUACCCCUGCUACGGAUGCCAAGACCGGACGUGCCAGCCGUCGACAAGACGUUCGCAUGAGACAUUUGCCGCUGAUAACGACGACCGCACAAAGGCCGCCGUACAGCAGCAAAACAACGGCGGCAGCGUGUUCGACGACUCCGACAACUCUAUACCACACAUCGACUCCGACCCUGAGGACUCGUCGACCCAAGACAGAUCCGACCCGGCGGUCGACAACGACGGCAUAACAGCUAUGAUACACCACCAGAAGCAAUCACAUCAGUCCGUCAGAGUACCAAAGUCCAUUUGCGACCUAUCGGAAGACGUUCUCACGUCGGGAGUACAAUUUCCAGGAGCCGUGGACCGACAGGGUAACGCGGUGAUAUUAUGGGUCGAAGGACAGUCCGGGCAUAGUUCGGAAACCAUAUCAGACGUGAAUGCGGCAGAGCUUAUUUUGUACUACGCGUCACUGAGAAACAGAAACGAAAGGAACUCGUCGUUGACCAUCUUGGUACACGAGAACAGCUGCACAAGCAUAGAAUUCGUCGAUUGUGUGCUGGAACUGAUAAAGAAUCAAGUUUCCGUGGACAAAGUGAUUUUUUGCACGAAGCGACACGCAGAAGGAAACCGACUGAAGUACAGCCAAAUUCGGUGUUACGCCGUCAAUUCGUACAACGGUCUCCUAGAGUUCUUUGAAGACAGUCAGAUCCCGUCGGCUUGUGGCGGCCCGUACACACACAGUCAACUUGAAUGGAUUGAUUUCUAUAAGGAGUCGGAGAGGCUGACUUGUUUGAGUCAGACUGCCGGAAAUCGACUCGUGACGGCCAUUGCGGAGAUGGGAAACGUGCAACAAGAACGCAAUGCAAUAUCCAAAUUCUUGGACGACUCGGAUAUCAAAAAUUUACUUCAAGACGCCAGACAGAGCAUGGAAAUACUCGAACAGCAUGCGCGCUGGUUGAACGAAGACAGAUUUGUGAUGUCGAGUUUCGAGGACGUGAAGAAGUUCCACAGCGAAGUCGAGGGCGCGGCAGUCCGUCUGGAAGAACUGCUAUUGCAGAAGAAAAAGAAAAUAAUGCAAGCAGCCAGAGUUAACGCUUUGGAGGCCGAAACACACGAGGUCCUCUCGUGGCUGACCAACAAAGGAGAACACGCGUUGGUUCAACAUGGCGAUUUGGCCAACAGUCUGCCGGCGAUCCGGCAACAGGAACAAGACUUCGAGAAAUUUUACUUCGUCUCCAUGCAAAAUCUCGACAAGGCUGGAGAUUUAUUGGAAGAAGCAGGUCAAUGUAGCAAUGGUACCAGUCUAAAAGAUUUGGCCAAAUCUCUGAAGCAGCAUCUGAGAGGUUUUAGUGAUCGCCUCGAAGAGACUCGUGAAAGACUCGAAGACACAUCACGCUGUUUUUACUUACUCGAUAAAGCUUACGAUUGGGCUUUGGAAUGUAUGAAGUACAUAUCCGAAAAGCACGACACACGUAACGUUAAAGAACUGCGAAGAUAUUUAAUGGCACAUCCGUCUCCUACUGCUCAACACUUCUCGGAGAUGAUGAUGUUGGCAAACAAGCUCAACAAUGAUAAACUAAUCAAACAGUGCAAGGUGGCCAUGGUAAGAUGCGAAGAGACCAACGACCAACUGAAGCACCUGUUGGGACCGGAAACAUUCCCGACCAGCACUCCCCUGCCACCCAGAAGGACGUCCGCACCGGAGCACCAUGCAACAAAUGGUAACACGACUGCGGACAAUCAUCAUUGUGGCUGGGUAGGCGUUACGGAAGAGAACUUUUAUUGCGAGGCGGACCGGCUCGCGCUCAGUCAUAUCCCAUCCGCCAAUUGGACUUACAAUGAUGAAGAGGACGAGGAAAAACUGAGCUGCUCACACACGACUGAAGGGAGUGAUGAAAAUAAGAGUAAUGAAGAGAGCGACGACACUAAUUGUGCCGAUCUCGGUUGCAGCAAAAAUCAAAGUCUGCCGCCCUUGUCAGUCAACAGUCAUCUGCACUACAUGUCCAACCUGCAGUUGAACAUGGAUUGCGGCACGCAGACGCUAAAGUUACAAAAGACCGUCAAGCUGAUCAUGAGAGAAAUGAUACAGACCGAACGGGAUUACGUCAAGUCACUGGAAUACGUCAUAGAGAACUACGUCCCGAUGUUGCUCAACGAAGACAUACCGCAAGCCCUGCGAGGCCAACGCAACGUCAUUUUCGGCAACAUUGAGAAAAUCUACGAGUUUCACAGCCAACACUUCCUCAAAGAGCUGGAGAGACACGAGAACUGCCCGUUGCAAGUGGGAGAGUCUUUUCUAAAACACGAAAAGAAAUUUUACUUGUACGCGCUGUAUAACAAGAACAAACCGAAUUCGGAUUCGCUGAUGUCCGAAUAUGGUUCUGCAUUCUUUAAGGCAAAACAAAUAGAACUUCGCGACCGAAUGGACUUGGCAAGUUACUUGUUGAAGCCCGUGCAGAGGAUGGGCAAGUAUGCGCUGUUGUUGCAGCAGCUCAUGAAGAUGGCCAAAGGUGACACGGAACACCUCCGGCUGGCUGAGAGCAUGGUCAGGUUCCAGUUGCGGCACGGCAACGAUCUGCUGGCCAUGGACUCGCUCCGGGAGUGCGACGUCAACCUGAAGGAGCAGGGCCGACUUUUGCGGCAGAACGAGUUCCUCGUGUGGCAGGGCAAAGGCAAGAAGUGCCUGCGACAGGUGUUCCUGUUCGAGGAGCUCAUACUGUUCAGCAAGGCCAGACGAUUCCCCGACCAAACGAAUCUGGACUUGUACGUGUACAAGAACAGUAUAAAAACAAGUGACAUCGGGUUCACCGCCAAAGUCGGCGAUAGCAACACAAAAUUCGAAAUAUGGUUCCGGAAACGCAAGCCGGGCGACACGUACACGUUGGUGUCCAUGUCAGAGGACAUCAAACAGUCGUGGACCGACGAGUUGUCCAAUUUACUGUGGAAACAGGCGCUACGAAACAGAGAGGUUAGGCUGGCGGAAAUGUCUUCUAUGGGAAUUGGCAACAAACCCUGUUUGGACAUCCGGCCGAGUGCGGAUCAAAUAAACGAUCGAUCCAUCACGUUCGCGCAGCUCAGUAAAACUGCCCCAAGGUUCCGGAACUCCAUAGUGGCGUUGCCCUCGGACCUGGAGUCGAUCGCCAAGCGGCCGCACUCGAUCAUAUCGGUGAGCAGCAGCAGCGCGGGCAGCAGUAACAGCAGCAGUGGCAGCAGCAGCAGCGGGGCCAGCUGUCGGAGUAGCGAGGGCGCCCGGCAGACCAGUCAGUGUUCCAGCCAGUCGACCGAGAGCGGCAUAGUGGCCGACUGGUACAGCCGGAACAGUCACUCGGGCAGCGUCGCCUCGGACACGCUGUCGUCUCCGCCCGCGACCAACAACAAUCACAACAACAACAACAACAACAACAACAGCAGCGGCAAGGGCUCGACGUCCAAGUCCGCGGCCACUGCCGCCGCGUCGGACUCGACCUCCGCGCGGCUUUCGGUCAAACUGUAAGGCGAUGACUAUUAUAUUUUUGGUGCCAAUGCCGCCGCCGAGACAGACAUACAGAGACACUUACUUAUAUUAUAAUAAUUAUUAUAUUAUGUGCAAAUCAUAUUAAUAUUAUGUUAUAUUAUUAUUAUUAUUAUUAUUAUUAUUAUUACGUCACUCGUCGACCUAUUAAUAUUUUUGCCGUCGACACGAUAAUAUUAUUAUCAUAAUAUAAUAUAAUGUUAUUAUAGGUUUUUUAAUCGUAUUCCCAAAGGAAAUCAAUAGUUACCGGAUCAAUCCACAUCAUUUUUUUUUUCGUCUUCGCCUAUUCUCGUGGACGCUCCGCGAGAAACUCCGUUGUUAUUAUUUUUAUUCUAGUUUUUUAUCUUUAACAAAAAACGAUUUGGAUUCUAUAAUAUUAUUAUUUUUCAUGAUGAUGACGAUAUUGUAUAGUUAUUAUAUUUACACGUAGAUACACGUACCUUUUUGUUUAAGGUUUAUUUAAGAUAAAUAUUUAUUGUUAUUAUUAUAUUAUUAUUAUUCAUUACAAUAAUUUUAUUAUUGUAAUCGGUACGAGCGUAUCGGACUCUUAUAAAAUGUUUUCGGUCCGGUACGGUCUGUGUGCUGUAAUAGUUAUAUUUUAUGUGUUGAGAGAUAAUCUAGACCACGACGCCUAAUAUUAUUAUUAUUAUUAUAUUUCUAUUAGAUAUAUAUCUAUAUAUUUAUACGUUUAACAUAAAAUAUAAUAUGUAUAAAUAUAUAGAUAUAUAUGUAUACUCAAAAAUAGAUCUCCUUCGACUUUCUUACUUGAAUCUAUCCACUGCAGAGAAUAAACAAUGUGUGUUUUACUUAACAUUUCAAAUUAUCAUUAUUAUUAUUAUUAUUAUUAUUAUAUCAUAAUUGUUGCUCAAAUUUAACACAAAACUUAACUAUGAAUGUCUCGAUUUUUCAAACAGUUUUAAAAAAUAUAAUGUAAUUUGCAUGCAUGUAUGUUUAAUUAUAUAUAUUAUGAACAAUUAGUAGCAUACUUAGACUAUUUAAAUCUUAAACGUAAAUGGUUUUAAAUAUAAACUGUUGUUUUUUUAAAAAAAAUUUCCGAUUGGGAAGUAUCUUUGGUAUUCAUUUGAUUUUUUUUUAAAUAGUUCUAAAAUUAUUCUGUAAAUGAUCUAUUUGAACACCGAACCGAAAUGGUUAAGUCUGUAAUCCCAUCGGUUUAACUUCGGCGUUCCAUCGACAAACUUAACAGUUUAUAUAUAAAAUGUUUUCAUUUAAGGCAUAUGAAUGUUUGUUGUGCAUUUCUUUUUUAGUUUUGUAUAUUAUAUUAAACUGUCAUAAUAAUAUGAUAGUAAUAUAUCUAUGUAGUACCUAUCUAUUUAAUAACUAUUUAUUUAUUUAUUUUUCAUCAAUUCAAUCUAUUAAUGACAAAAACAAUAAAGUUUUCACAUGUAAAAUAGUACAAUAUAUUUUUGCAAGCAGACCUGCACUCGAUUAUAGUAUUAAGAUAUAUUGCAUAUUAAGCAUGUACUUAUUAGUAUAAUAUUGUAGUGAGUAUUGGGAAAAAAAUACUAUUUUUAAUAAUUUUUAUUUGUGAAUUUUUUUCUUUUUUCUUUUUUUUAUAUUAUGUAGCCAGUUUAAAAGUAUUAAAGUAAGUUUGAAUGAUUUUACUCAUGAAUGUCAUUUUAAUAAUCAUAAUUUUUGUUAGGCGUAUUACAGAACUGAUUUUACAGGGUGUCAUUAACGGCAUUAUAGAAAUGCCGGCAUUAAAUUUGUCUAUGAAAAAUAAAUACUAAUUUAAAAAUAUAUAAAUAAUAUGUUAUGUUAACGUGAUGUUGAACGUGCCUUAAUCACCCAAAUAUAAAUAAUAAAGACUUGAACACGUACGUCUGAAUUAAAUAGUAGUUUUACUUAUUAUUUUAGUAUUAUUUUUUACGUUAUAAUAUUUUAUAAAAUAAUAGAAUAAUGACGACAUUUUACGUGUUUUUCUAUCAUUAUGAUUAUUAUUAUUGUAUUUGUACCAAAACCUAACACUAAGCUUUGUAUUUAUAAUUAUAUAGAUAACUAUUCUAAGUUUAGAUUGUAAAGUUCCAGUUUCAAUCAAAAUCAAUUAUGAAUUUUUUUUUUAUAAUAUUGUUUUAAAAUUAUAAUUUUUUUAUAAUACAAAUAAAUCAUUUUGUUUUAAC